UCGGAGACAAAGAGGUGAACGCCAGCCAGUAGGGCUUGUAGGCCAGGAACUGAGAAUCGAGCUCGGUUGUUUUGUAUUGUAAUUUGCUCAGUCAUCUUUAUAGGCUGAACAAUUUCAAGAGUUUUCUGUCAAAAACGUAAUUUAUAUGUGAAUUGGUCGAAAUAAAUUGGCUGUUUCAUAUUUUUUGACGCCUUUGAGUUGGUCUAGUGUAGUCAGUGAUUGGAAUACUUUUUCAAACCGAGGCUGCUGUUAUAUUCGCGUAGAACGAAGUGUUUGAGUCUAAAUACGAACGAAAAUGAGUUCGGAUUUACUUUUGGGUGUGCGUCUCGAUACACACACGCUUCAAACGAUCAAGUUAAGCGACGUUGACUUGAGGACGAAAGUUGAAGAAUUGAGAAAGGAAACUGCGACAAGGGUUCAGCUCCCCAAAGACUCGUUUGAGUUGGUUUUUCGAGGAUGUAUUUUGGAGGACGAUGCAACCAUGGAAUCCUGUGGCCUGAGGAAUGGCGUUACCAUCCAUGUUUUGAACAAAAUGGAACCUGAAAAGCCUACUCCGGCCAAGUCCAUAACGGAAGGGAGCGUAUUACAAUUAGCAACUGCUUUCAGAUCGUUCAACGAGAACCCGGCUCUCCGCAGCGCUUUACAUCGUUUGAGCAAAAGGCCUGAAGUCAUAGAAAACAUAAUAUCGACAUCUCCUGGUCUGAACGAGGAUUCUGUCUCCAUCGCCAUGUUGCAAGAUCCUGAUCUGAUGGCUCACUUUACAGAUCCGGAUACAGUCCGAAGAAUCGCCGAGCUGCAUCCGGUUUUAGUGGAGGCAGCUCAAUUGAUAGCGGCGGCUGUGCACGAGGAAGCUCGACUGAGUUGUUCGGUGUCAGGACCGGGUGGCGGGAGCGGAUCCGGGGGCAACGCCUCGACAACGAGCGCUCCUUCGACAGCGUAUUCUUACAGUCUCGAUAAUCUAAGCGACGACGAAGAAAUGGCCGGUGAUUCUUCGCAGUCUUCGGACUCGGCGCAGCCGAAUUUACAUUCGGCUUUCAAUUCGAGUGCAGCGGCAAUAACGACGGCUCAGCUAGCGGCGGCUCUGUCGCGAGCAGGGGCUCGCGGUUUCCCCUUGUCGACUUCGUCCUCAUCGACGUCCGGAAGCAGCGGCGUUUCCAAUUCGGGUCUGAUAACAACAGAAAUGUUCACCCAGGCGAUUCAGCAGGCUUUCGCAUCGGCGCCAUCCGCUCCCUCGAAUCCUUUGACGUCGGGAGCCUCCACCGGGACUCCUCCAGUCGCUGCGCCUCCGCUCCCGCUCCUCCAGCCCGCGAUUCCUCAAAUUUCUGAUCUCGAGAGACAACUCGCCCAAAUGCACGAAAUUGGCCUCCAGGAUGACACGGUCAACGUUCAGGCCCUCCAAUUCACGAAUGGCGACGUGCAGGCCGCGAUCGAAUUGGUAUUCAGUGGUUUCAGUGACAAUUGAAGCGCGGUAAAAUUGUUCUUUUUUUUUCCACCGCUAUCACAACGGUAAACUUUUCUAAAAUAAUAAAAAAAAAUCCGGGUUGUUCAUCGAGUAGUAAAACUUGUCCAGCUCUUUCAUUGUAACGGUACGAGAGUGUUUGAAAGCGAUGCGAAAAGUUUUUUUUCAAGCUCGCUCUCCUACGAAUAAAUAAAUGUGUAAAUAAUAAGAAAAA